CAUUGCUAUCCGAUUGAUUUAGCUAUUACCCGGUUGUACCAUAUAUUUUCGGCUCAGCCACCCGUCAUCCCGACCCGGUUUCACACGAAUAUAGACAACCUGCCUUGUCCCGAACGAAACCGAAUUAAUUUCUUCAAGUUCCUGGAAAAAUAGAGACAAUCUGAUCGACAUUUGCACUAUACAAUGACUUCCGUAUUGUGUCUGUAGGGAGAGAAGAAGAGGAAGGAAAGCGCGCGAUUGGGGAAAAUGGUGCUAUGGGAGGUGACAUUGGCAACGGCGUACUUCUUAGGCUUGAAGAGAACGUACCGACUAGCAUUGAGGAUUCAGCGGCGGGUGAUUAGCCCCAAAUAUCCCAAGAUUUCUCAAUUCGCUCGCAAGCGAACAAGAGAUGUGUUUGAUGUGGCACUGAAUGUUCAUAAGAAAAUACAAGAGAGAGAUCUUGAAGCUGGAAGGAACUUGGGAAACUGGAUCCUUAGAUGGCUUGAUAAAGCAAAGCCAGCAGCAAACAUCCGAGGAUGUCCACUUCAUCCUCCUCAUUCUCCUAGUGGCAAUGGAAACAGACUCUCCACCAAACAACAGGUCGUUACUACAUCCACCAAGAAGUUUGACCACCCUAACGGGCAGGAACCGCAGGAAAACAAUUCAAACAGCAGGCAUCUCUUUACAUCAUCAUCAUCGUUAAGGAAUGCUAUGUUGUUGCCAAAAACCUUUCCCACCGUUGCAAUGAUGAUGAGGCCUGCAGGAACACCUACCAGCAUCCACCACCAAUACAGGCAGUUCAUCAGCAGUAACUGGCGGCUUGCUGAUUCCACCAAAGCUGACCUUGGAAAAUUUUCCCACAAUAUCAUACGGGAGGAUAUAUUGCAGUGGAUUCGACGGGAUCUGUAAUUAGAUUUACAAAAAACUGAAGUUACUGGUUUGGUUUGCAUGGGUGACCAUCUCUCCCUUGGAUCCAUAUUGUAAAAUUUUGAAUUACUACUAUAGUUUUUAUGCGGUCGUGCUAGUGUCAUGUAUCCUAAUUUCUUUAGUCCAUUUAAGCAUGUAUGUCCCCAAGAAGCCCGUGAUGUUAUUGAAUUACCAUGAUAAGUGCCCAAAUUUGUGAUACAUUACAAAUUACAAAUGUCACUAGUGUGCAUCUCAAUGCAAUUAAUAUGGUAUCACAU